AUGAUUUCAUUCUUUGUCCUGCUCCCCGUAGUGGGUGCCCUGGCACUCAUUGCAUCCAUUUUCUACAAGUCACUAGCCCUGAAGGACGUUCCAGGCCCGUUCAUCACAAGAUUCACAAAGAUCCCUCUUCUCUACCAGACAAUCACUCUGAACAGGACUCGCUACAUCCAUGAUCUGCAUCAGAAAUAUGGUCCUCUGGUGCGAUUGGCUCCCGACGAGAUCUCACUCAACCAUCCACCGUCCGUCGGUCCCGUCUACAACUACGAGAAGACGCACUUCUAUAAUGCGUUCGAGGCAUACGGGGCGAAGAACAUGUUCAGUACGCCAGACCGUGCAAAUCACAGCUUUAGGAGAAAGCAUCUUGGCGGCGAAUAUACCAAGGCGUACAUGAUUCGACCCGAGAAUUUGACCGUCAUCUACGACCGGGUCAGGCAGAUGAUCAACAACAUCUCUGAGAACAGCACUAUCGACGUGUUCUAUCUGUUCAACUACUUGGCACAAGACGUCAUCUCCGGGUUCUUCUUCGGCAACCAGAACGGAAGCCAGCUGCUCCAGGGCAAGGACACCGAAGUGUUCGACGCGUGGCACAUGCGAAGACACACCUUCCACUGGUUUGCCGAGCUCCCCAACGUCACGAAGCUGCUGUACUCGUCGGGCAUUGCGUACUUGAUCCCAAGCUGGAAGGAUGCCGAGACAGGGGAGCGUAUCAUCAACAACAUGACCAACAAAUGGAUGGACAAGUGUGAUCCGGAAAAGGCGCAUCUCCUGACGAAACUGUUCAAGACGGGAAUGUCGCGCGAGCAGAUCUCCGCCGAAGUCAUGGACCACAUGGGCGCCGGGCACGAGACGACAGGCACAACACUCACGUUCAUGAUUGACCACCUCUGCAAAAACCCCGAUCAGCAGCGAAAACUGCAGGAAGAACUCAAGACCGUCGACCUCGACGACUUCGCCGCCGUUGACAAGCUGCCGUAUCUGCACGGUGUCGUCCUGGAGACUCUGCGCCUGUACUCGUCCAUCCCGGCCUCGGAGCCGCGCGUCGUUCCCGAUGGCGGCGUCACGCUCCUGGAUAAAUUCAUCCCUGCAUCCACCGUCAUCUCCGCGCAACCGUACAGUAUGCACCGACAGGAAGAGUAUUUUGAACGGUGUCUGGAAUUCAUCCCUGAGCGCUGGGUCGAGCCGACGGCGAAAGCGAAGACGGCUUGGAUGGCCUUCGGCAAAGGCACAAGAGGCUGUAUCGGCCAGAACAUCGCCAUGGUCACAAUCAAGGUCGCCGUCAGCCAUUUGUACAAGACAUUUGAGUCGAGGAAGCCGGCCGUGCUGCCUGAGAGGGAGAACAUGGACUUCAAGGAUUAUUACAUGAUCACCCCCGUGGCGGACACCUGUUCGGUCGUCUUCAAGAAGGUGGAUGGCGGCGAGAAGAUCUUUGAGUGA